CGACAGCGUGCGGCUGCGCGGAGUGGCUGACGGCAGAGCCGCGCUGCUCGCGGAGAGGUCACCCUGGAAACGGUGGAGGUUUUGGGGAGUGGGACUCGGUGGCACGAUGUGGCGCGUUUGUGCCCGACGGGCCCAUCGGGCAGCCCCGGGGGCAGGACUCGGAGCCCCGUGGGCCGCCCUGCGAGAGGGACCCGGAGCCCCGCGUGUGAGCCUGCGGUCCGGCCGCGCGCCGGCUCGUCCCAACAGCACGACGACCCCGGGCUGCGGCGGGGUCCGGGCCCUGGGCGGGUGGAGCCCCAGCUCCGCCGCCGCCGCCCCGCGGAACCGCUUCCUGCUGCAGCUCUUGGGGUCGCCGGGCCGCCGCUCUUACAGUCUCCCUCCGCAUCAGAAGGUUCCGUUACCUUCGCUUUCCCCGACAAUGCAGGCAGGCACCAUAGCCCGAUGGGAAAAAAAAGAAGGGGAAAAAAUCAAUGAGGGUGAUCUGAUUGCAGAGGUUGAAACUGACAAAGCCACAGUUGGCUUUGAGAGUCUAGAGGAGUGUUAUAUGGCAAAGAUUCUUGUUGCUGAAGGUACCAGAGAUGUUCCAGUGGGAGCUGUCAUCUGUAUCACAGUUGGAAAGCCUGAGGAUAUUGAGGCUUUUAAAAAUUACACGUUGGAUUCCUCUGCAGCACCCACUCCACAAGCAGCCCCGACACCAACUGCUGCAGCUGCUGCUUCGCCACCUGCACCUUCUGCACAAGCUCCUGGUAGCUCAUAUCCUAGUCACAUGCAGGUACUGCUUCCUGCCCUCUCUCCUACCAUGACCAUGGGCACAGUUCAGAGAUGGGAAAAAAAAGUGGGGGAGAAGCUAAGUGAAGGAGACUUACUGGCGGAGAUAGAGACUGACAAGGCCACGAUAGGUUUUGAAGUACAGGAAGAAGGUUAUCUGGCAAAAAUCCUGAUUCCUGAAGGUACAAGAGACGUCCCUCUAGGAACCCCACUUUGUAUCAUUGUAGAAAAAGAGGCAGAUAUAGCAGCAUUUGCUGAUUAUAGGCCAACUGAAGUAACUGACUUAAAACCACAAGCACCACCACCUACCCCACCCCUGGCGGCCACUGUUCCUCCAGCUCCCCAGCCUGUAAGCCCUGCACCCCCAGGCACUCCUGCUGCCCCAGCUGCUCCUGCUGGACCUAGGGGAAGGGUGUUCGUUAGCCCUCUUGCAAAGAAGUUGGCUGCAGAGAAAGGGAUUGAUCUUACACAAGUAAAAGGGACGGGACCAGAUGGCAGAAUCAUCAAAAAGGACAUUGACUCUUUCGUGCCUACUAAAGCUGCUGCUGCCCCGGCAGCAGCUGUGCCUCCCCCGAGUCCAGGAGCGGCGCCAGUCCCUGCAGGCGUCUUCACGGACAUCCCAAUCAGCAACAUCCGUCGGGUUAUUGCACAGCGGUUAAUGCAAUCAAAGCAGACGAUACCUCAUUAUUACCUUUCCAUUGAUGUGAAUAUGGGAGAGGUUUUGUUGGUGCGGAAAGAACUUAAUAAGAUAUUAGAAGGAAAAAGCAAAAUUUCUGUCAAUGACUUCAUCAUAAAAGCUUCAGCUCUGGCAUGUUUAAAAGUUCCUGAAGCAAAUUCUUCUUGGAUGGACACAGUUAUAAGACAAAAUCAUGUUGUUGAUGUCAGCGUUGCCGUCAGUACUCCUGCAGGACUCAUCACACCUAUUGUGUUUAAUGCACAUAUAAAGGGCCUGGAAACCAUCGCUAAUGAUGUUGUUUCUUUAGCAACCAAAGCCAGGGAAGGUAAACUGCAACCACAUGAGUUCCAGGGUGGAACUUUUACAAUCUCCAAUUUAGGAAUGUUUGGAAUUAAGAAUUUCUCUGCUAUUAUUAACCCACCUCAAGCAUGUAUUUUAGCAAUUGGUGCUUCAGAAGAUAAGUUGGUUCCAGCAGAUAAUGAAAAAGGAUUUGAUGUGGCCAGCAUGAUGUCUGUUACACUCAGCUGUGACCAUCGAGUUGUGGAUGGAGCAGUUGGAGCCCAGUGGCUUGCUGAGUUUAGAAAAUACCUUGAAAAACCCAUCACCAUGUUGUUAUAAUUAACCCAGGAAUUUUUAGACUCUUCCAGGUCACUUUGGUUCAUUCUUAUCAGGAUAUUUAUAUGUUAUUAAAUACAUGGUUCUUUUAAAGUUCACCAGUUAUUUUUAAUAUGGAGUCUUUCCAGAUAAAUUAUUUAUAAUGGCAUUGCUGAAUUUUUAAAUGCCAGUUAUUCCCAGAUACUGUUUAUAUUUAAUGAUUAAACACCAGAUUUGAAGCUGUGUACUUCCAGUCAAGGGACAUGUGCUAGCUUGGUGAUAAAUACUUCCAUCAGGAGAUACAGGACAGGCAGAAUUGUGCUUCCCUGGUGACAAAUACUAAAGUAACCUCGAUGACACUUUGCAGUUCAAAAUGUAAUUGCCUAAAAUUUCUUAGAUGUGAAGGAAAGAGAAAUUAGGAAAAUUACUUUUCUUAGGGGAAGGGUUUUUGUAUUAACCAUGGUUUCAAUUUUUCUGUUACACUGUUCUGCUUUGUUGUAUGUGGGAAAGGUAGGGGACUUCAAGGAAAAUAAGUGAAAUUUUAAAAGUCAGAAUUUUCGUAGACAUCUUCAAACAUUUAUUUUUGUAUCAGUCUUUAAAAGGAAUGAUUGCUUUCCCCUCUUAAGGUAAAGAUACAAACCAAUUUCUUGGUAUACACGAGGAUUUAUGUGGAUAUUUAUUUAAACGUUUUGAAUGUGUAAUUCAGAGAGGGGAAUUUUAUAGUUAACUUCAAGUAAAAGAGCAUGCUUAUACAAUUUAACAGAAUGUAAGAAGUUAUGGAAGUAGAAUUUUCCUGUAGGAUAGGAAAUUAUACAUGAACUUAGUUAUCAGAAUGUAUUACUCAAAUAACUGGAAAGCUCUAUGAAAUAAAUACAGAAUACAUGUAUAUAUGUAAAAUAGGGUGACGUGAGUUGGAUAUGUGCCAAAGUCUGUCACCAAGUGUUGUAAAGAAAAGGGGAUUAUUUGUGAAUGGGUUAGAAUGCGGAACAGUGAUGUCCUAGCAGUGCCUGUAUUCCUAGCUGUUCAGGAGGCUGAGGCUGGAGAGUCACUAGCCCAGGAAUUUGAGGCCAGCCAGGCAGUGUAGUGAGAUGUCUUAACAAUAAAAUAAAUGAUGCCCAAAAUGGUAAUUUCAGAAAAGAUAAAUGUGGUUUUAGAAGUGUUUCUUUCCACCCCAACAUCGUCUCAUGUAAAAUAAGAUAUCCCUAAGAUCCUGCUGGAGCGAACAAAAUUCAUUAGGUGGCUACCUCAUCAGCCCAUAUACUUAAAAAAUAUAUAUUUUUUUUUAAAUUGUGUUUUGCCUUUUGGAGGGAAGGAGGACAUGAUAUUUAGGAUAAUAAAAGUGAAUUGGGAACAUUACCACAAUUCCAGACUUCGUGUUGAAAUUGAUGCAUUUUAAUAAAUGUUUGGAAUUAUUUAUGACUAUUUUAAAUAAACCUGACCAGUGUUUCCUUGUAUGUGUAACAUGUGGAACUGUCACCCGAGAUUUGCUUUGUUUCAGUGUUGAAUUAUUUCUGAAUGUUCAUUACUACUUGACACAUAAGUGACACUCCAUACCUUCUACAAGCAUUCACUUUGCUAUAUUACUGUGAAAACAGUUCAGUACAUUAAUCUGACUUUUCAGUAAUGAGUACUUUUGGUUGAAGUGAAGAUUAUGUAAAAGUGUAAGUUUAUCACAAGGGACCAUCAUCAGUCUGGGCCAGAUCCAGUCCCACCAGAUGAAACUUCAAAAAUAAUUCAUUCUUUGCUAAUGUUUGUGGCUCUAUUCGUUCCCUUAAAGGAAAAAUAAAGUUACCAUCUAGUAAAAAUUGUUUGAAUUAAAAAUUUAUCUCGGUUAUAAUCUAAAUCUGGAGUCAGUAUAUUUAUCUUGCCAGAAAUGAAAGAAAGUUAGAAGUAGUAUUUUUGUUUAAAUAAGAUUAUUUAAAAGUUAAACUUUCUGUUUUCAAUAUGUUUGGUCUAAUUUUUGAUUUGCUGGGAAUUUCUUUCACAUUAAAUGAUUAAGAUCCAG